UGUGCCCGGUGCCAGUUCACCUCCAGCGGUCCCGUCUAGCACUCACAUGAGUGCCCUAUCCAUGAGCCUGGAGAGCCGCUGUGUGUCCCCCUAUGCAGCCUGGUGCAUGGAGCCCGCCAACUUCUACGAGCAGCGGGUGAGCGCCUCUCCGAGCCACUGCAAGCCUCGGGUCAUGUGUGAGGAGCCCGAGCCCCCGGUGGGCAGCGGCAGCACCCUGGCCGAGCUCAGCGCAGCCCCGGCCAUCUACGACGACGAGAGCGCCAUCGACUUCAGCUCGUACAUCGACUCCAUGGCCUCCGUGCCCAACCUGGAGCUGUGUAACGACGAGCUGUUCGCCGACCUGUUCAACAGCAAGAACGGCGAGCGGACGGAGAGCGGGGCGGACUACCUGAGCGGACUCCUGGCCCCACACUUCAAGCCACAUCUCAAGCAGGAGCCGGAGUGGAGUGACAGCGACAUUUCCUCGUCCCUUCCCUGCCAGAUCGCCACCUGUGCCCAGACCAGCAUGAACCUGCAACCCACACCACCCACCUCUCCAGAGCCCUGCUCCGCCACCAGCUCCGCCUGCCCGUCCCCAUCCUCCUCCACCACCGGCGGCAAGGACCGGGGCAACAAGAAGAAUUUGGACCGCUUCAGCCCGGAGUACCGGCAGAGAAGGGAGAGGAACAACAUAGCGGUGAGGAAGAGCCGAGACAAGGCGAAGAAACGCAACACUGACAUGCAGCAGAAACUGCUGGAACUCUCCAACGAGAACGAGAAGCUGCACAAGAGGAUCGACCUGCUCACCAGGGACUUAUCCAACCUCAGACACUUCUUCAAACAGCUGCCCCCCACAGCCACCGCCGGCACCUUCCUGGGCACCAUCGACUGCCGGUAACCGUGCCAGCCUGAGCACAUGGACUACAAUCACUGAAUACCUCAACCCUGGGAGG